GGCCAAUAUUCGCACAGUCAUGUAUAUAAAGGCUGUGAGGUUGGCAACACUGAUAAACACUUGUAGCGAUGGGUUCUCAUUAUUUAGUUCAAACCUCAAAUUUCUUCUUCAAAAUCUCGAAAGAGUCUAGAAUGACACUCCGUCAAAAGAUUCUAGCUCCCAACAGGAAUGAAAAUCUAAAGUUUCACAUCCCUUUGGUUGCGAGUCGUCAAAUUAGCACAACCAUCCCCGCUGAUAAGAUUAGUGACAUUCCUUAUACUCCAAGUCCUCAAUCAGAGGUUAACAAGCAGAACAUAAGGCGUUCCGCAAACUAUCAACCAAAUACUUGGGAUCUGGAUUUCGUGCAGUCGCUAAACAGUAGCUAUAGGGGGGAGUUUUAUCGGAGACAAGCUGAGAAACUGAAGGGAGAUAUACGAAGCAAGCUCAGCGAUGCAGCUCGGGACCAGUCAUCAUCUUUGCUGAAGUUGAUCGAUACCAUCCAAAGACUAGGAUAUGAUUAUCACUUUGAAAAUGAGAUAAAGAAUGCGCUAGACACCGUGUUCUCAAUUGAGGAAGCUGAUUUCUGUGAGGAGAAAGAUUGGUACACCAGAGCUCUUAGAUUUAGGCUCCUAAGACAACAUGGGUAUGAAGUUUCUCAAGAUGUUUUUAAGGAUUUCAAGGAAGAGAUAAAGCAAUCAUCCAUCACCAACGAUGUCGAAGGAAUGCUGAGCCUAUACGAAGCUUCAUUCUAUGCCUUUGAACGUGAAGAUAUCUCGGUUGAAGUACAGGAAUACACAAGAAUAAAUCUCGCGGACAUAGUGCAAAGACGUGUCAAUAAAAAUGAUCCAGGGUUUAUCUUCAAGCAAGUAAGCCAUGCCUUAGAGGCUCCCUUAAAUUGGAGAGUGCCAAGACUAGAAGCUAAAUGGUUCAUAGAGAACUAUAAACGAAUGUCAGACAUGGAGCCAUUGUUACUCGAAUUUGCUAUACUGGACUUCAACAUGGUUCAAGCAACAUACCAAGAGGAUCUAAAGUAUGUUUCGAGGUGGUGGCGGGAUUUGAAUCUGACACAAAUAUUAGGAUUUUCUCGGGAUAGAGGGGUGGAGGAUUUUUUCUGGACUGUCGGGUUUUACUUUAAUCCUAAAUUUAGCAACUGCAGGAGACAAAUCACAAAAGUAAUUUCUUUUGUGACAACAAUUGAUGACAUUUAUGAUGUUUAUGGCUCUCUUGAAGAACUCAAGCUAUUUACUAAGGCUGUUGAAAGAUGGGACAUAAACAUGGUUGAAGAACUUCCCGAUUACAUGAAGAUAUGUUUUUUAGCUCUCUUUAAUACCACUAAUGAAAUGGCCUACGAAAACAUGAAGCUCCAUGGCCGGAACACCAUUCCGUACUUGCAUAAAGCGUGGGUAGAUUUAUGUAAAGCGUAUCUGGUAGAAGCAACAUGGUUCUACAGCGGUUACACACCAACAUUUGAAGAAUACAUGAGCAAUGCAUGGGUUUCAAUAUCAGGGCCUACAGUACAAUUUAUUGCUUAUUUUCUAUUAACUGAUGAAAUUACGGAAGACGCUCUGGAAAGCAUAUGGAAGCAUACAGAUCUCAUGCGGUGGUCAUCCACCAUUUUUCGCCUUGUGGAUGACUUGGGAACUUCUCAGGAUGAGCUUGCAAGGGGUGACGUACCGAAAGCAAUCCAAUGCUACAUGCAUCAGACUGGUGCUGAUGAGCGCGCUGCCUGUGAGCACAUCAACCGCUGCAUGAAUGAUAAUUGGAAGAGGAUGAAUAAAGAGCGGCUUACUGAACGUUGUAUACUUCCGCAGGCCUUUAUAGAUUCUAUGUCUAAUAUGACUCGGAUGGCUCAAUACAUAUACCAGCAUGGAGACGGAUAUGGUGUUUCAAGGGGUGACGUACCGAAAGCAAUCCAAUGCUACAUGCAUCAGACUGGUGCUGAUGAGCGCGCUGCCUGUGAGCACAUCAACCGCUGCAUGAAUGAUAAUUGGAAGAGGAUGAAUAAAGAGCGGCUUACUGAACGUUGUAUACUUCCGCAGGCCUUUAUAGAUUCUAUGUCUAAUAUGACUCGGAUGGCUCAAUACAUAUACCAGCAUGGAGACGGAUAUGGUGUUUCAGAUUUUGGAACUAAAGAAAAGAUUAUGUCAAUUGUUGUAGAACCCAUUCAAAGUUGAAGAGGCUGAAGAUGAUACCUGCUGUUACUGUUCGGCUUUAUGGAUCAGUUAUCAGCAAUAACUAAAAUCCACAACAAUCAGUGUUAUAACUUCAAAUUCAUAUGGAAACACUGAUUACUGGGGAAGAAAAAGUUGAACUGUGAUCAUAUAGAACAUAAACUGGAAACGGAAUGCUUUAUUAACAUCGGGAUGUGUCAGAACUAUAUUGUCAUAGAACAUAAAAGAGAAUUUGCUUUGCAGAAACUAAA